AGCAACAUCUACAGCAGCAGCAACAUCUACAGCAGCAGCAGCACACCCUGCAACAACUGUAACAACGAAAAGUGCCACCACAACCGUUGCUAUAGCUACAACCACAGGUACAAAGAUGCCACCACCACCACCACCAGCAGUUGCCACGCCACAGCCAAACGUCCCAAGUACUGGGAUUCCACCAGUUCAGACCUCUGCACCCAGAGGACCUGUUACCAGUGCCAGUCCUACCGCCAAUCCCAAGGAGCAGGUCACCACGGGAACAAGGGUCGCCGUGGUAGAUGUCGCAGGGGCUGCUCUGACGAGGCAGCUGGUGGAUACGGCGUCCUUACUGGCCGUGCUGCUCUUCGGCCUGCUCUUCUUUUUGGUCACGGUGGGCGUUUUCGUCACACAGGCCUAUGAGAGCUACAGGAGGAAGGACUACACGCAGGUGGACUACCUGAUCAACGGCAUGUACACGGACUCCGGGGUGUGAGGGAGGACGAGGAGAAGCACAACGCAUGGAGAUUGUUUCUGCGCUCGGAGUCAGGAGAAGAUGGACUGGACGGUAAGACGGUGGCGAAUUCACAAGGUGAUUCAAUACCACUGUUUGACAGUUCAGGGAGAAGUAGGACUAAACUGACCCGGCAGCUCACUGAACUGACCCCUGAAGCAGUCGCUGAUCUGUUUCUGUCAUAACUGUUCCACCUAACGCUUUGUUUCUUCCUGCUUCUCUUUUCUUUCCACGACGGUUUGAACUUGAAGAGUUUGGCCUGACCCAGUUUUGCCAAAUGUUGAGCAACAUUAACGGAGAUUACCUGGGUGUAACUUAGCUCUGUGUGCACAUCCUCUAAUGGACCUUGCUCUUGUCCCUCGACCGAAUCUCCUCUACAUUGCUGGUCAGUCCAGCUGUAGUUGGCUCCAGGGUGGCUGGACCAAUGAGGAUGAUUUCAAGGUGAUACAGAGCUCAAUAGAUUUUUUUUUUUUUUUUUUUUAAUGUCUGACUGAAAAAAAGUCAAAUGAUUUCAGUUAUUGUACCUUUGGAGAUGAAUGUAGUCAAGCAGAAGUCUGAUGCUCAAUAAGGGAAAGGGCAGUCACUUUCUAAAAAAAGAAAUCAAGUUUGAAUGAAUUUGAAAACACUAAAUUCAUUCUCACUAGUUGAAUGCAUUUUAUAGUAAAAUAGAAAGCAAAUAAUAUAAAAUGUGACAGCCCUAUCAGGACCAAAGCAUUUUUGUGAAUAUUAUGUCUGAUAUGUGACUUUCAUUUCUUAGUGAUGAACAAAAUUAACUUAUUUCACAUUUCAAAACCUUGAAUUGACAAAAGAAAUUUAAGCAGAAGCAGUAUAUCGAUGAGACAUUUCAGAACCAUCUUAAUGAUCGACUGAUUGAUUGACUGAUAGGGAGCAGGCUGUUUAUUAAGUUUGCCUAAAUCAUAGCACAUUUGAAAUGAACAAAGUUGUGUAUCAUGAAAAAUUCCCACCUAUGUGCAAAAUAACACAUCAGUAGGGCUGGGCGAUAAUUCAGUGUCCUGUUCGACUUUCAGUUGUAUCAUAUCACAAAUAUAUGACAGGGUUCCCAUGGUCAUGGAUAAUUUCACAAUCACAUUUUAUAGGCCUAGAACAGUCAUAUAAUUAGUAAAAAAAUGGAAAGUUUUGGAAAAGCCAUCAAAUUUGCAUGUGUAAUGAAAUUUUUACAGUAAUCUUCCACAGAAAACCUCCCAUGUAAUGUAUCCUCACCACAAAUGAAUUUUCUGUAGCUGAGGACAUAAUUUUUCUCUAAUCUAUGUCAGUGUGUGAUAAUGUUUUGUUUAUUGUCAGUUGCGUGUCUUCGUUUUCUUCCCAUGUGCCGUCUCUUUUGUCCAAAUUAAGAUUUUUUUAAAACUAAAUUUACUCAAAACAUGAGAAAAUGUGCUACUCGUAAUUUUGUUUUGCACAUUUGAAUAAUUUUGGAUGAUGUCAUGCAAACAGUUAAUUGUAGCGAACAUCAAUUUGAGCAUUUUCUGUAUGAUAUUGUUAACAUUUGUCAUAUGGGAAAAUAUCGUCUUAAUAUAGUGACAUUGAUUUCAACUCUAUCGCCCAGCCCUAAACAUCGUCUUUUCCACCAGUCAAAUGUUUUCGCCACCAGCGCAAAGUAAAAGUCACAGUGAUUGAUCAGUUUAGUUUUUUGAUGUCAGUGGUUCAGUUUAAAGAUAAACUCUCCCAUUUUGUUGUAGUUUGAGUUAGAAGUUGGGGAGUUCAGGGCUCAUAGUCACAGGUUUACCUUUUAAAAGUAAGUUUUUUCUUGUUUAUGGUAACUUGAGACUUACGGUGAGAGUUUUGGCCAUCAUUUCUUUCAGGCAUGGUGACACUUUUACUGAAAACAUAACAAGGCUUGAGCAGUAUCAUGGUACUACAGUAUACCAGGGUACUUAGAAACCCUGACGGUAUUUUUUUCAAUAUCUUUAUAAAUGCAGGUACUUCUCUUUCUAUUUAAUUCAUUGUAUGUAGUGCGACACGACGACACCUAGUGGUGAAGGGAUAAGUUACAGGACUGUAAACAGCUGGCGGCCAGCAGGCAGAAAGACACCUUGGGGAACAACGUUUUUUUUCCAUGUUACUUGGUGAUAAAAGAUUUAUUUUGACCAAAGCGGAGCCGGUGAUUGUUGGAACAGUGGACUUACUAACUAGUUAAACAGAAAUGAGGCAAUUAAGCCUCACACUUAUACCGUCAUGUACCCUUUCAUAAAAGAAUGAAAUAUUACAUACCACCUAAGCCUAAAGUUAAAAACUGAGAUCUGGAAACACGACUUCAACAUGAAAGAGGAUCUUAAGGCCUCUUAAAAAUCUGCUGACCUCCAGUGGUGUAACGUCUCACUUCGCUGCACUGAUGUAGGAGUUCACCACAGGGUGUGUCGGUACACUAUGACAUCACUGUUGCCUACGGUUACAAAGCAAACACAAGCAGUCAGAUAUUCACACAGGUUGGAGUAAAUUGAGCCGUUUGUUUUUCCUGUGCAAUUAGAAAUUAUUUUUCACACAUUUCCAAGGUGCACAGAGAAGAAAAACGUUUCCAACAACACUUAUUAUACAACAACUUUAUUGUGAGACCAACCAUUUUUUAGAGAUUAUUACCAACAUGUUAAAUAAAACUCCUUUGAUAAGUAAAGUGUGUUUAUAACUGAUAGAGAAGAUGGCCAAAACUACAAAAGUAAGAUACGUGUAUAACAGUUGAAAAACCUUUUGAAUGUAGCCGACAGGCAGAAUCUCAGUCCCAUCAGUAGCAGCGGUGCACCACGUAAAAAAGAUCUGACCUGAGUGACUUCACAGCGCAGAGAGCUGGACCUGAACCAGCCUUCUCCGUACUUUAAUCAAAAGUAAACAACCACGUGGAAAAACUUCACAUGAUUCCACAGAGGUGGAAGAGUUUUCUCAGGAAGACUGAAUGCAGUGAAAGAUGUAUUUCCAUCGCUCUGCAUUAAGUUUCUCCAGAUGUGGCGUGGCGUGUCAGGGCCAAAGUGUAGACCGUGUUCUGUCUGCGUUAGUCGGUAGGCCAGAGAGGGACCACCGAGUCAUUUUAAGUCAUCAAGUUAGAGAUUUUGUCAUUGUCUUGUGGGUCUGUUUAUGUCGGCUCAGUGUUUUUCUGCCCGUGCACGUUGAAGGGCAGCAGAGGUCUGUUUGUUUGGAUGGCAGCUGCUUUGUGUGAUGGUGUUUGAAAAAGGUCAGAAUGACAUAAAAACAAACAACUUCCUUUUUACUUUUUUUUUUUUUUUUUUUUUAAUUUGAUCAGUAAUUUCAGAGUUUUAGCAUCAGGCAGAACAGCUGUAAGGUCUUCUUCCUGCCCGUUACGAGGGCAGCUGCGCAUACCCACCAUGAUGAUGUGGUUACAAACACAAAAACAUUGUAGCUUGGAUUGAGGCCUGGUGGAAAUAAUCAUACAUCGCUUUUUCACUGCAGCUUUCUUUCUCAGAAAACAUUGCAGUAUAUCCCAAACAUCGAGGAGAUGUCUGGAGAUAACUAAAGAGCCCCUUUAUGUGGCACUUCUUUAUUGUCUUUGUUUGGGUUUGUUUAAAACAUCUCUUCAUUUCACUGCUUUAAAGGCACAAUCAGACAUUUUGGGAAAUUAGUUUCUGUAAAACCCACAGUUACAGCACACGCAGGGUUCCUGCAGUUCCCGAAAAAAGUGCCUUUAACACUAAAGGCAUUAAAUUAAUUAAUCUCAA